AUGCGCUCUGGAAUAGCUUCAAAAGCGCUCCAGGUUGUCAACAGUUUCUUCAGCCAGCCCGAGUAUGCCAGUAACUACAUGAAAAUCUUAGACUAUGCUACAUGGGCUGGUACUCGACUUGAGGACAGACCUGCAUUCUAUGCUGAACUGUCGCCGCGCAAUGUCAAACCCAGCUCUGAGAACUAUGUGCCUCCAUCAAAAAGAGCCAAAUUGCAGAUUGAUUAUGGCCAUCCUGUUGGGCUCGUUGGGCUAGUCUGUGCAGCAAUCAAGCAGGCUUUCAGGUAUUAUGUCAAGUUGGAAGGUGGGCCAUGGGUCAUUUUGCUCACCAAGGACAACAAAAAAUUCUCUGAAGAAAUGUGGGGAAACAUGUUAUGGCCUUUAUAG